GACGUUGAUAUACUUAUGGACGCCCCACCACGGACACCAGUCCACCCUCGCUCUCCUGCAGCACAAGAGCGGUCCAUACUCGUCCCGUACCUGUCGGACUCGUCCCGUACCUGUCGGACUCUGAGAACCAUGUUUGUGAGGUGUAGCUGGGUGGCGGCGGUGCUGGUGUUCACACUGUGUGCCGGGCAAGACCUCUUGCCGUGUCCUCCAGCCAGCCAAAUAGCCCCCUGCAUCUGCAGUGCCAUUAAUGAUAUUGAUAUGGACCUGGACUGCUCAGAUGUCGUCAGCAGUACCGAGCUGAGAGCCAUCUUUACCACCACACAAUUUCCUUUCACUCAUUUUAACAUCCUGAAAAUUAUUGGCAAUCAUAUCAUAUCACUGAGUGAAGGAGAUUUAGGCCCGACCAGCUACCGGGAAAUCUAUAUCACAGAAGGAGAUCUAACAACGAUUGGCCCUGGCGCUCUGUCAGGCAGCUACACGACACUCUCCUUGUUGCAUCUAUACAACAAUAGGAUCACAAGUUUUCCAUUUGGAGAAAUUACUUCAUUUAUAAAACUCGCCAGCUUGCGAUUACAAUACAAUGAAUUAGACGCGUUUCCAAUUAUAACAUCUGACACUUUGGAGUUACUGGAUCUUAGCAACAACCCAUUGGGAGGGAUUCCGUCGACAGCUCUGAGCGGCCUAACAGCGCUGGUUGAGAUCCAGCUGGAGGGAUGCAGCAUACCGACUAUCCCUACAGAUACGUUCACGGGGGUUAACACACUACAGGUCAUUAAUCUUAACAACAACUUAUUGAGCACCAUCCCAGCGGGAGCUGUGCACCUGGAGGAGGCUGACGGCACAGUCCUGCUCAAUAACAACUACAUAACAGACGUGGCAGUUGGCGCUUUGCAAGGAGUGACCGGGACGGUGAGCAUCACCAACAACCGGCUGCCCGAGCUCAACGACCCCGUGUGGCGUCCGCUCUUCGACGAUGGCAUCGUACUCUACGCAGCCAAUAACCCUCUGACGUGUGGCUGCGGCAUUGCCUGGCUGGUGGUGGAGUUCGACUACCAGACUCGGCUGGGUGAUGAUAUAACAUGUUCUGACGGAGAGUUGGUGGUGGACCUGGACCCUGACACUUAUAAUCAUUGUCGCUAACCACCUGUCCUGACUUCAUCAGUCGCAUGCACUUUUACAUUUUAAGUAAUAUGUGAAUUAUCAAAAUGUAUGGCUUUUAUAUGCAAAAAUAUAACUUUACACCCACUA